UUUUUCCCUGCACUCAACUCUUAUUUUCCUGGCAAGAAAAUGCAGCUUGUUCCUUGUUUCUUCCUGGUAAUUUUUCUUUCGGCGACUGCGACGAAAGGCUCGAGUUGCUCCAGUUGCGACUGCGAGUGCGUCAAACAACAAGACGCUUCGAUUGGCCAAAUUUUGAGAGCUUUGGACAGUGAGGAAGUCGCAAUCUCCAAAUCGAUCUUCAACUUGACGAAAACCCAAAGCCAAUUACCAAAAGAAUUCAAUCAGUUAAAGGCUCAGAUGGAAGGGGACAAGGAGCAAAUCUUAGGAAAGCUCGACACCGUGAUGGCAGAACUGGAAGCCGUGAAAAAGCAGCAAAAUGAGAACUCGGCGUUGAAGAGCCGUAUCUGCGAGCUGACCCGUGUGAAUCUAACAACGCUGCAAAAUAAGAAAUAUUUUUUCUCCAACAUCUCGGUGAACUGGUACGAUGCGAAUAAUUUCUGCAAAAGCAAACUGAUGACUUUGGCCGCUGCCAAGACCGAAAACGAGCUCAAACUCAUUCGCGAUAAGGGACUGGAAUUGAACCCAACCGCUCGUUGGUGGUUGUCCGCUUCCGACAUUGGACGGCCGGCCGGCGACUUUGCGUGGCACGACGGCACACUUUUGCCCGCGACCAGUUCUUUGUGGGACAAACGCAACGGCCAGCCAAAUGUGUUCCGGGCUGGACAAGAAACCUGCGUGUUCCUGCACUUCGAAACUGUCGCCCUCAAGCUCUUUGAUUCUAUGUGCAAGACGAAAAUUAUUAAUUUUGUCUGCGAGCUGCCUGCUGAAAGCAAUCACUGCUAUGAAGAGUGAAAAUUGUUAUUUGAAGUACAAACA